GCUGCCAGGUCCUCAGGGGCAGCUUGUCUGCUCAAUCCAGGUGGCCCUGCAUGGCUGCAGGUACAUAAUGAGGUACCCUCUGGUGCCGCUGGUGAACGACCUCACGCUCUCUUUCCUGGUGUUCUGGCUCUGCCUGCCCGUGAGUUUGCUGCUCUUCUUGAUGAUCGUCUGGUUACACUUCUUACUUAGUCAAGAUUCAAAGGAAGAUGAUUCAGAUUUAUGUUUCAACUGGGAGCCCUGGAGCAAAGGACCAGCUGAGUCUGGCUGUGAGGAGGAGACAUUCUGUGACCAUGAGGACAGCCUCCACUGAUGAGCCAGCUCUACCAGGUGUCAUCUGGGCCCAAGUGGAUGGAGGGAAGAGAACACUGGUGACCAAGGAGCUUUCCUGGGACCUCCAAUAGCCAGACCCACCAAGCCUCUUGCCGAACCAUCUGUCCUCCAUCAACACAGCUGACCUGGGGCCCUUCAGGGGAGAAUGGGGCCCAAGCAGCUUACAGGGGCCAGCUGGCCGGCUCAACUCACAGGAGGUGCUGGGUACCUAUUAAAGAAAUGGGGGUUCUCCUGUA